AUGGCAGAGCACCCGGCAGAGAACGAUAUCAAACAAAUAUUUCGUCGAUUAUUAUCUGUUCCCACCAAUAAGCAAUGCUUUGAUUGUGGACAUAAUAAUCCCACAUGGGCAAGUGUAACAUAUGGAGUCUUUCUGUGCAUCGACUGCUCCGCUGUGCACCGGUCUCUUGGAGUGCAUGUCACGUUUAUCCGGUCAACACAGUUGGACACAAACUGGACAUGGUUACAACUCCGAGCUAUGCAGGUCGGAGGAAAUGCCAAUGCGAGAUUAUUCUUCCAGCAGCAUGGCUGUACCUCGAAUGAUGCCCAGAAAAAAUACCACAGUCGGGCAGCAACUUUAUACAGAGAUAAGCUGGUGUCCCUGGCCCAGCAUGCAAUGAGACAACAUGGAGCUAAGCUGUUUCUUGAUGAACAUGAGAAAGGGAAGAAGAUCCACAUUGAAAGUCACCAUGAACCAGCUUCGCCAGAAGUCAAGGAGGUUGAUUUCUUCUCUGAGCACACGCAAGAACCAUCUGCAGACUUUGCCACUUAUCCUAUGGAAGAUAAUGCCAGACUUGGUGGAUCAUCAUCUGCAACCUCUGCAGCUAAGCCAAUCAAUGGCAGUGGGAAGGAGAUCGAAGAUCCAUCGGCUGGACCUAAUGUAGAAGCUGCAUUGAGCACAUCCCCCACCCAGGCUCAGAGCCAAGCGGAGCCAAGGAAGACCAUCAUCGGAAACAAGAAGACAACAGCUGCAAAGAAAGGGAAAGGCCUCGGAGCUCAAAAAGUGAAGAAAGAUUUUGGUGAAAUUGAGAGCCGAGCCCAGCAGAUUGAUAAGGAGAAGGAGGAAUUUGCUAAGAAUGUAGCCGUUGAGGAAGCUAAAACCAGUGAGGACAGGAACAAGCAGAUGGCAAACAUGCGACUGGCCUACCAGGACAUGAGCUUGCAGAGGAAGAAGGAAGAGGAGAAGCUGAUGAAGAGUGACCCCAAGAAAGCUGAGCAGUUUGAGCGUCUGGGAAUGGGAUUCACUGGAAACAAGGGCAUCAGCCAUUCUGCUGUGUCAGACAUGCAGACCAUCAGCCAGGACGCCCCAAGUGGUGGUCCCGCAUCUAACCGGAGAGAUUUUGACGCUUAUGGGGAAAAGCCUCGCAACAACAGGCGAGACUUCUUUGAAGAAGAGUUUGAGUUUGUGUCCAGUUGGUCAACCAAGCGAAAUGAAGAAGACUCUUUUGGGUCCAAGGUCGAAGAGCGGGGCAACAGCUGGGGCAGCAAGAACAAAACUGGAGGCUGGGACGUGGACAAGACUAGUACUACGGAGACAUUCUCAUCCAGGGACCAAGACAGGUCAAGUCGCAGUCGCAAGAACACUGAAGCCAACACUUCGGUGGCUGCUGAUAGUGGCGAUGCAGCACAGAAGAAAUUUGGCAGUGCUAAAGCUAUCUCUUCUGACCAGUACUUUGGCAACCGAGACAAUGAUUUUGAAACCAAACAGAACCUCAGCAGACUGGAAGGUAACACUUCAAUAUCCAGUGAUGACUUUUUUGGAGGUGGACAGAAAUCCCGGAAACAAAACUACAGCUCCACAGGACCAGACUUCCAGGACAUCAAGGACGGGGUCAAACAGGGUGUUACAAAAGUGGCUGGCAAAAUAUCCAGUUUGGCAAAUGGCGUUAUGUCUACUUUACAGGACCGAUAUGGAUGA